AUGACCGAUCUCUUUCAUCACAACCUUGCAUCUCCCCAGUUGAAGACUCAAGCCAGCUUUCUUCGCAUGCUCAUGGACUCUAAAGCUGAAAAAAAUAAUAUCGUGCUUUCCAUACCUGAGGUCUUCGGUGAAUUAAUGGGUAUCAUGCAAGGUGCUGUGAUUGACAUUUCCAAUGUUCUGCCUUACUGUGCCUUUCGAAUAGCCCGGGAUCCUGAAGUACAGCGGAAGCUGCUUGUGGAGUUACAAACCGUCUGGAAGAAUCCAGACGAACCAAUCCCACCUUGCGAAGUGCUAGGGAAUCUCCCAUAUCUGAAAGGUGUUGUAAAAGAAAGUCUCCGCUUGACACAUGGCGUCAUUUCCGGCAUGCCCCGCGUUGUUACAGUCGAAGGGACUCAAAUCGACGGAAACUUAAUACCCUCCGGGACGGUGGUAGUCACCUCUUCGUCAUACGUUCAUAUGGAUUCCACUAUAUUUCCCGACCCUGAGAGAUUUAUCCCCGAACGAUGGCAUGCAGAAGAUCCCCAACUUGAUCGAUCUCUCGCUUCCUUCUCGAAGGGUCGGCGGAUGUGCCCCGGAGCGCAUAUUUCGUAUCCCCACCUUUCGACGGCGACAGCUGCCGUCUUCCGCAAAUUUGAGGUUUCGCUGUACGAAACAACUGAUGAGGACAUGAAAUAUAAGACAUAUGUCUCGAUACACUUCACCGGUCGACCUUUGAGAGUGACUCUCAAACCUAGACCCAGUUAA